UAUUUUCUGUAUUUGGCCAAGCAUUCCUCGAAGCGGCUAAGAUGGAGACUGCUGUCAAUUCUUUUAAGAGGUGUGGUAUCAGCCCUUUCAAUCCAAAGAUAUUUUCUGCAUCUGAUUUUGCUACAGCCAGAAAAGAUACCAGUUCAGCUACAGAAGAAAACUCAUCAGUCACUCCAAGAGAUGCAGAGUCAGAGGCACGUAUUGUUCAUUAUACAGAUCUCAUUAACGAUAUAAUGAAUACUAGUCAAGAAGCUUCGAUACCUAAUCAAGAGGCUUUGAAACCCAGACAAGAGACUGUGAAACCUAGUCAGAGUUCGGCUCUUACCAAAAAAGUUGAUCAAAAGCAAGCAGAUGGUGAAAUUUGAAUUCCCUUGUCUUACAUUAUUCAGGCAAAACCACUUUUCAACUUUUUGAGACCUUAUUUCGAUACCUGUGCUACUCCAAAUGAACAAGAUGCGAGUGCUUUGGUAAAUUCAGAUAUCAUGUCAACGCCUAAUCAAUCAAUAUCAACUUCAUGUACGAGUACAGAAACUAUACCUGCUGAGAAGAAAAAAGGGAGAGUGAGAGGCAAAGCAGCCAUAAUCACAAAUAAAUCAUACAAAGAAGAGUUAAUUGCUGAAGAAA